UCUGAAUCCCUCACUCCUUCGAUACUCACGAGAAAGGGACUUCUCAAAUAAGAUCUAGACGGACUCUGAAGGGCUUCCAUUAGAUAAAAUUACAGAAUAAUGAAGCAAGCCGAAGAAGCCAUCGUGACCAACUACAGUGAGACAACGGAGCCUGAUGGGAAGGAAGAAGCAGAGCCAGAAGUUAAUUCCAAGUUCAGUAUGAAGAGCAUUCUCUGGCAUGGUGGCUCUGUUUAUGAUGCCUGGUUCAGCUGUGCUUCAAAUCAAGUAGCCCAGGUUCUGCUAACGCUACCCUACUCGUUCUCCCAACUGGGUAUGCUUUCUGGUAUCUUAUUUCAGCUCUUCUAUGGCAUCAUGGGUAGCUGGACUGCAUACCUUAUAAGCGUUCUAUACAUCGAGUACCGAUGCCGGAAGGAGAAGGAAAACGUGAGCUUCAAGAACCAUGUCAUUCAGUGGUUCGAAGUACUGGAUGGAUUGUUGGGUCCGUACUGGAAAGCUGUCGGAUUGGCUUUUAACUGUACAUUUCUCCUCUUUGGGUCCGUUAUACAGCUCAUUGCUUGUGCAAGUAAUAUAUAUUACAUAAACGAUCGAUUAGACAAAAGGACAUGGACUUAUAUCUUUGGAGCUUGCUGUGCAACGACGGUGUUCAUACCUUCCUUUCACAACUACCGUAUUUGGUCUUUUCUUGGACUUGGAAUGACCACUUACACUGCCUGGUACAUGACCAUCGCUGCUCUAGUUCACGGCCAAGUUGACGGAGUUCAACACACAGCGCCGACGAAACUGGUUCUGUAUUUCACCGGCGCUACCAAUAUCCUCUACACUUUCGGUGGACACGCUGUUACUGUGGAAAUAAUGCAUGCGAUGUGGAAACCACAGAAAUUCAAGUACAUAUACUUGCUGGCAACACUGUACGUGUUCACGUUAACGCUUCCGUCGGCAGCUUCUGUGUACUGGGCUUUCGGUGACCAGCUUCUCAACCACUCCAACGCCUUCUCCCUUCUUCCCAAGAACGGCUUUCGUGAUGCCGCCGUUAUCUUGAUGCUCAUUCACCAGUUUAUAACAUUUGGGUUCGCAUGUACGCCUUUGUAUUUUGUGUGGGAGAAGGUGAUAGGAAUGCAUGACACCAAGAGUAUAUGCUUGAGAGCGCUGGCGAGGUUGCCUGUGGUGAUACCGAUUUGGUUUCUGGCCAUAAUCUUUCCAUUCUUUGGGCCUAUCAACUCCGCCGUUGGUGCUCUCUUGGUUAGCUUCACCGUCUACAUUAUCCCUUCUCUUGCUCAUAUGCUCACCUACCGGAAAGCCUCUGCUAGACAGAAUGCUGCGGAGAAGCCUCCUUUCUUCCUACCAAGUUGGACCGCAAUGUUUGUGAUCAAUUCGUUUAUUGUCGUGUGGAUACUUGUGGUCGGGUUUGGGUUCGGUGGUUGGGCCAGUAUGACCAAUUUCAUCAGGCAAGUUGACACGUUCGGCCUCUUUGCCAAGUGUUAUCAGUGUAAGGCGCCUCCUUCAGCUGCUCCUGCUCCCAAACAUCAGUAGUAAACCAAGUCUUAAUUAUGAUGAAGAACCGGGUUGGGCCAAACCCGUCCACAA